AUGAGUAGUUUUAAUACGAAAUUGAAUUUCUUAUAAUCAGAAAUUAAGCUACUUUCAGAAGAAAACACAGAGCUUAAACAACUUCUAUAAUUAAAUAAACAAAUUCUUAAAAUUCAAGGAGGAUAAAGAAGCACAAACAUUGUAUUAUAAUAAUUGAAUUCAGUCAUUACCAAGUGGCCCAUAGUUAUCAAUCGAAGUUUGUAAGUCUGAUGCUAAUGAAUAUCAUGAUACUUAAUACCUUAUAUCAAAUUUAAUGGAUGAAAAUAAUAAACUAUUAUCAACUAAUGAAGAAUUAAGAAAAUAGAGAGAUUAAUUAAGAGCAUAAGUAAAUUCAUUAUAUCUAUAUAUUAUUUUAGAAUCUAUUAUUAUAAUAAAUAGAAAUAGAGAACUCUUAAAGAAUACUUGAUAUUCAGACUGAAAAACAUUAGAAAUUAAUUGAUUUCUAAAAUUAAAUUCUAGGAAAAGAUAAUCAAAUCUAAGAAUUGAGUGAUUAAUUGUAGAACAUUCUAUCUAGAAAACGUCUCAAAACCAAAAUUGUAUCUAUUUAUUAAAUAAAUUAAGUAAAUACCUUUACAAAGUGAAUACCUAAUUUUUUAGAAUCAACUUGAAGCAAUGAGUAAGGCUCUUAAUUAUUACUAUUAAGAAAAUAAACUAUUUAGGUAAGAGAACAAAAAAUUCUCAUUAUUAUUGGAUUUAUUAACAACAGAUAAGAAUACAGAAAAUAAAUUAAAUUCAGAAUAGAGUCCAGAUAUCAAUGAUUCAAGUUAUUUUUUAGAUUCACUUCCUCUAAAAGUUAAAUAAAUUCCUAAUCCUAAUUAAUAAAUCACAAUACCUAAACUUGAUCUUAAUAAAGCUCAUAAGAUCUAAUAACUUAAUGUUGAGAAAUAGCAAGAAUCUGAAGAAUAACAUCUUCCUUUAGAAUAAUUUAUAACUUUAGAUAAAAAGAUUUAUCCAUAAACAAAAACUCAAACUCCUUGUUAAGGCUAAGGAGGGCAAUUCAUUAGUCCUAAUAAAUUAUUAAUUUAAUUGACUUCUUUGGCAGAUUCAAAUAAAACAUUGACAAAAUAACUUAAUCAAUAUAAAUAAAAGUUACAGGAUGAAUUGCUAUUAACAAAAUCGCUUGAGAGCAAAUUAGAUGAAUUAUAUCGAUAUGUUUAAGACUUAGAAAAAACAAAUGAAAUUUUAAUCACUUCAUAAGUGAAACUUACAAAUACUGUUUAGAAACUAAAGGAUUUGAUUAUAAAAGGGAAGAAAGAAUAAACACGAAGUAAACAUACAUAUAAUAUGUCCCUUUAAAAUAACGGAGAUUUUUAUACAAAAUCAAAAGAGAGAAGUAAUUCUGUAUACUGA